AUGACUCAAACACAAACGGAAGUAGAAACACAAUCAAUUAGAAAACACUCGAAACAAGAACAUUAUGAAUCAUAUGGUACAUUAAGUAAAAAUGUUAAAAAUAAUAUUAAAAAAGCAGCAGCAGGUGAAGCAACAGAAUUAACAAUCAAAUAUAUUGAUGAAAUUAAAGAUUUAUAUGAAAAUUUAGAAAAAGAAAAAGUAAGAGAUACAAAAAUUCAUUUAGAAGAUAGUGAAGUUUUUAAAGAUGUUUCUGGUUUUGCUGCUUUAAAUGCAAGAAAUUUAAGAUUUGGUGAUCAUGGAAUUGCAUUAGAUGAUAAAGAUGUUUUUAAAAAAUUAAAAAGAUUUGCUGCAACUGAUGAUUCAAUUUUAAAAGAAGAAGAAGAAAAUGAUGAUAUGGAAAUUGAUCAAGAUGAUGAAGAUGAAGAAAAUGAUUUUAUACAAGGAGAAUUUCAAUUUAAUACUGUAAAUUGGUUAAAAUUAGGUAUACUAUAUUAUCAAGUUAGUAAAAAACCUAUAUCUAUUGAAUUUUUAAAUGGUCCAUUAGCUAGUGAAAAAAGAAAAUUAACUCCAAGAACAAGAACUAUAGAUGAUACUAAAAAAAAUGGAUCUUCUACAACAGCAAGAGCAGUAGCAGCAACUGAUAUAAAUGGAGAUGAAGAAAAAAAUACAGCUCACAUGGUAAGAUUAGUUUAUGAUACAUAUUUAAAAAAGGAUCCACAAGAAGAAAUAAAUUUUUAUCAAUUUUUUAUUGAUCCUGAAUCUUUUGCUCAAUCAGUUGAAAAUUUAUUUUAUACAAGUUUUUUAGUAAAAGAUGGUAGAUUAAAAUUAUAUACAAGUACAAUUACUGGUCAUCCAUGUAUAAAAAGAGUAAGUUCAAAAGAAUUAGCAGAAUCAAAAUUAGAUAGUUCAACUUUAUUAUCUUCUCAUCAUGUUGCAACAUUUGAUUAUCAUGUAUGGCAAAAUUUUAUUGAAGAAUUUAAUAUAACUGAAUCAUUUUUAGGUCAUAGAGAUGAAGAAGAAGAUCGAAUGCCAAUUGAAGAUUCAAUUUGA